AAACUAACCCUUUAAGCUUCCAUUUACUAAAUUUGAUGUGCUUUAUACUUGUGCAUUGAUCAGUGUCGUACGUGAAUAAAAGUCUAAAUGAAAUCUGUUCAUCAUAUAAAACAAUCGUAUAUCUUUAGAAGUCUUGGAUUAAAUCACUCACUUCAUUACUGAAUAUUAAUGUCUUUAUAAAUGUUUUGAAGCUUGAAAAUUUUGGUUGCAUGGAUCUUGAUGGACAAAAAUGAUGAGAAAAUAGUUAAUUGCAUCUGUGUUCCAAAGAUGAAUGAAAGACUUACGAGUUUGGGAAACACAUGAGGGUGAGUAAAUGAAGACAGAUGUUCCUAUAUGUGUAAACUGCACUACUUUUUCAUUGGAUGCAUGUGCUGUGAAUUCAGCUAGCUGCUGAAACCAGAGAUGGUUUUGCACUCUCUGCAGUAGCCUAGAUCUCUGUUACUCAGAUAGCCUGCUCUGGUUUCAGCCUAUCUAUUGAAUACAAGCACCAAACUUUCUGCACUCAGAGGCCCGGCCACAGCAGACUUUACAUUCAGAGCUGUGAUUGCUCUCUGGGGGCUAUUGAUUUCUUGCAUUAUUCAUUAGGAAUACAUUUACUUUUGAAUUUACAUAAUUAGCUUUGAGUGUAACAGUUAAAACCUACCGACGGGAACUGACAUCAGCCUAAUUUGUUCAAAGAUGACUUUUGCAUUAUAUUCGGAAUUUAUAAGUGAGUUUAAGGGCUUAGCAGCAGGAUUAAGUGCGAUCUGUCAGCGAGGCAGGUCUAAUGAGCAUCUCGCAUCACCAAAUCCCUUAAACACAACAAAGGCCGCAGCUGAGCUUCCAUAGUGAUGUUGUUUGGACUUGGAUAAAGUGUCACUCUGUGGUUUCAUGUGGCUGUUUGUAGAUUCAAUACUAUGAACAAUGUGGGAAUCCAAGCCUAUGGGAGCAGAUGCGAUUUUCACAGCGGCGGUGACCUGCCCAACAUUCGCUGUACUUUGAUCCACCAGAAUCAGGCUGAACACCUGCCCACCUUUCAACCUGUGUGCCAGAGCAUUGGUCAGGGAAGCAUGAAAGAGGAAACCUGCUCUUCUCCACUCAGACUUCCACCCAUCUUGAGGAAACCGUUAAGCAUCACUGGACUCUAUAUUCCAAGGGACAACAGGGUGUACCCAAAAAGGCAUCAUAAAGAGCAAAGCAAACAGGCUUAUAGAAAGAUGACUUUCAGUUAUCAGAAUGAACAUAUCCCUGCAGUCAUUAGGGGACAUCAACACUUCGGCUUCGGAGGAUCUGUGUUGCCUGAGUCUGUUAUCAUUGAGCAAUAUUAUGACCUCACCCUAACCAAGAAGAGUAAUGUCCGACUGAAUGACCAGCUGGUUCCCAAACCCACGGACAUUGACAUGAGUAAGAAGAUGAUUAAAGUUGAUAUUCCGAGGGAACAUCCUUACAGCUCCCACAUCCCCCGGUAUCCUGCUAUAUUUCCAUCAUACCGAUCCCCACCAGUCCAGCCCUCCAGUGCUUCUGCUCCUGUAGUUGUGUGGCGGCAUCAUCAAAGGAGCAAAUAAACAUAAAAGCUGUAUAACAAAAAAAUGUUAUGUAUUAAAACAUUUUGUGGACAAAA